AUGGAGGUACUUUUUGACCAUGCAGGCUGCCUUAAAAAAUAUGAGACUGCAGAGGAUAUUCUAGACGAAUUCUAUCAAGUCAGACUGCGUUAUUACGGUUUAAGAAAAGAGUGGCUCACUGGCAUGCUGGGUGCAGAAUCUGCAAAACUAAACAACCAAGCUCGCUUCAUCCUUGAAAAAAUAGAAGGGAAAAUAGUGAUAGAGAACAAGCCCAAGAAAGAAUUAAUCCAGGUUCUCAUUGAAAGGGGUUAUGAUUCUGAUCCAGUAAAGGCAUGGAAAGAAUCUCAACAGAAGGACAUUGAUGAAAAUGCAGAAGAAGAUACUGAUAAAGAAAAUGAAUCGACUGCAGCCAGUGGGCCAGAUUUUAACUACCUUCUGAACAUGCCCCUCUGGUACCUAACAAAAGAAAAAAAGGAUGAAAUGUGUAAGCAGCGGGAUAAUAAAGAAACAGAGUUAGAAAACCUGGAACAGAGGAAUCCUACUGACUUAUGGAGAGAAGAUAUGGCUGCUUUCAUUCAGGAACUUGAUGUGUUAGAAGCAAAAGAAAAACAGGAUGAGAUGUUAGGAAUCCCAGGCAAACCCAGCAAAGGGAAAGGAGGGAAAGCAAAAGCAAAAACCCUUCAGCUUCAGGAAAUCCUCCCUUCUCCCCAAGGGAGGAGAGUUAUCCCUCGAAUAACCAAAGAGAUGAAAUUGGAGGCAGAGAAGAAAUUAAAAAGAAAAAUCAAGACUGAAAAAAUUGAGCUUGAUGAGAAUCAAGAUCUCCCAGGGACCACCAAGGAACCAACGAAUCUUAAACAAAGAUUGAUGAAGAGACUGAAAAUGGAGUCAGGUGUCAAGACACAGUCCAAUAAGCCAAUAAAAAAAGCAAUGACAGUAAAUCCUUGGUCUGACUCAGAAAAUGGAAAUGGCUCUAAUGACUCUGAGCUUGAUUCUUAUGCGCAACACCACCAAGUGACAGCAACAUAUAUGCAGGAUUCUAAUUCAGAUACGGAUGAAGGUGCUUUGGCUGAAGCCUGUUUGAAAGAUAUAAUAAAACCAAAGGCUAUUCCUGC